CAGGAAGAAGGUUGUUUACUAGCAACUGUCGCUGAGGAGGGAAAUGUUUAUGUGAAACGGUAAGAAAUGUUUAGGGAAUUGAUAGUUAACUGUAAAAAUAAUGCAUGCAUGUUUUACACUUGGACAGAUAUUUUUAAACUUAACAAUAGCUAGCUUGUUAGCUUGCUUAGUCAAUCUAAAACUAGUUAAUUGAUACUUGGCAUCAGAUUCGAGCUGCUUGUUUCGCUAGCUAGCUAACGUUACUUUAGGCAGCCAAACUUAGCUACCUAGACUAUUUGUGAGCUCAGUCUUUUGACCUAGAAAGAUAGAAACUGAUUAAGCUAGUAGGGCAAGAAUAAGAUGUAUACCUAUUCUAGGCUGUGAUAGCCUGUGGUCCUCUGUAGCUCAGCUGGUAGAGCACGGCGCUUGUAACGCCAAGGUAGUGGGUUCGAUCCCCGGGACCACCCAUACACAAAAAUGUAUGCACGCAUGACUGUAAGUCGCUUUGGAUAAAAGCGUCUGCUAAAUGGCAUAUUAUAUAUUAUGUUAUUAUAGCGACUAACUAGUAGUUGCAUGGUUUUCCUCUGUCCUUCCUAGCUACAACAAGUCACAUUUAGCUAGUAAAGCAACUAAGUAUUACAGUGGGGCAGGCUAUGCCCUUUUAGGAGGCUGUGUCCAAGAAGAGGCUGUGUCCUGUUAGUUGUCUUUCAUUGAUGGGUUGUAACUAUAAUGUCUCUCAACCUUUUAUUUCCAGAUUGAACCAUGUCUGCAUUUGCUGACGAAACGGCGGGCGAUGUGCCCGUUAAAGACAUCACCCUAAAUCUCACUCAGGUUGGAGUGGGAUUACCAGGUUAGUAAUGGCUUGAACUUCUCCUUACUUUACCUUAUAUUUGUCUCUAAACUGGCGGUAACUUCCUGGCUCUGUUUGCAGAGUCGCUGAUGGCCCAGAAUGCCCGUGCAAGGCAGGCGAUCUCACGGGUGAGCAGGGAGGAGCUGGAAGACCGGUUCCUACGGCUCCAUGAGGAAAACCUGCUCCUCAAACAACACACCCACAAACAGGAAGACAAAAUCAAGAGGUGGGAACUGAACUCCUGCAUACACACAAACACACACACACAUUGAAUAAAGGUUUCAAUCAGAAUGCAUACCCCUACAGUAUCAAACCUUAGCGUCUGAGAAUACUUCAUACAGUGGGGAAAAAAAGUAUUUAGUCAGCCACCAAUUGUGCAAGUUCUCCCACUUAAAAAGAUGAGAGAGGCCUGUAAUUUUCAUCAUAGGUACACGUCAACUAUGACAGACAAAUUGAGAUUUUUUUUUCCAGAAAAUCACAUUGUAGGAUUUUUAAUGAAUUUAUUUGCAAAUUAUGGUGGAAAAUAAGUAUUUGGUCACCUACAAACAAGCAAGAUUUCUGGCUCUCACAGACCUGUAACUUCUUCUUUAAGAGGCUCCUCUGUCCUCCACUCGUUACGUGUAUUACUGGCACCUGUUUGAACUUGUUAUCAGUAUAAAAGACACCUGUCCACAACCUCAAACAGUCACACUCCAAACUCCACUAUGGCCAAGACCAAAGAGCUGUCAAAGGACACCAGAAACAAAAUUGUAGACCUGCACCAGGCUGGGAAGACUGAAUCUGCAAUAGGUAAGCAGCUUGGUUUGAAGAAAUCAACUCUGGGAGCAAUUAUUAGGAAAUGGAAGACAUACAAGACCACUGAUAAUCUCCCUCGAUCUGGGGCUCCACGCAAGAUCUCACCCUGUGGGGUCAAAAUGAUCACAAGAACGGUGAGCAAAAAUCCCAGAACCACACGGGGGGACCUAGUGAAUGACCUGCAGAGAGCUGGGACCAAAGUAACAAAGCCUACCAUCAGUAACACACUACGCCGCCAGGGACUCAAAUCGAGUGCCAGAUGUGUCCCCCCUGCUUAAUCCAGUACAUGUCCAGGCCCGUCUGAAGUUUGCUAGAGUGCAUUUGGAUGAUCCAGAAGAGGAUUGGGAGAAUGUCAUAUGGUCAGAUGAAACCAAAAUAAAACUUUUUGGUAAAAACUCAACUCGUCGUGUUUGGAGGACAAAGAAUGCUGAGUUGCAUCCAAAGAACACCAUACCUACUGUGAAGCAUGGGGGUGGAAACAUCAUGCUUUGGGGCUGUUUUUCUGCAAAGGGACCAGGACGACUGAUCCGUGUAAAGGAAAGAAUGAAUGGGGCCAUGUAUCGUGAGAUUUUGAGUGAAAACCUCCUUCCAUCAGCAAGAGCAUUGAAGAUGAAACGUGGCUGGGUCUUUCAGCAUGACAAUGAUCCCAAACACACCGCCCGGGCAACGAAGGAGUGGCUUCGUAAGAAGCAUUUCAAGGUCCUGGAGUGGCCUAGCCAGUCUCCAGAUCUCAACCCCAUAGAAAAUCUUUGGAGGGAGUUGAAAGUCUGUGUUGCCCAGCGACAGCCCCAAAACAUCACUGCUCUAGAGGAGAUCUGCAUUGAGGAAUGGGCCAAAAUACCAGCAACAGUGUGUGCAAACCUUGUGAAGACUUACAGAAAACAUUUGACCUGUGUCAUUGCCAACAAAGGGUAUAUAACAAAGUAUUGAGAAACUUUUGUUAUUGACCAAAUACUUAUUUUCCACCAUAAUUUGCAAAUAAAUUCAUAAAAACUCUUACAAUGUGAUUUUCUGGAUUUUUUUUCUCAUUUUGUCUGUCAUAGUUGACGUGUACCUAUGAUGAAAAUUACAGGCCUCUCUCAUCUUUUUAAGUGGGAGAACUUGCACAAUUGGUGGCUGACUAAAUACUUUUUUUCCCCACUGUAUGUGGAUUUCUAACCCUAUUCCUCUGCUCCCAUUAUAUGGAAGCUCUAACUUAUUCCAUCUCACCUUGGCUUUUCACAGGAUGGCCACGAAGCUGGUGCGCUUGGUGAAGGACCGUCGGCGGGUGGAGCAGGUGGCUGCAGGCGGGGUGCGUCCAGGAGGCAGGGACGUGGAGUUAGAGGAGAUGAUGGAGGAGCUGCAGGAGAAGGUGGACCACUUUGAAAAUAAGUGAAUGCGUCCCAAAUGGCACCCUUAUUAUUCCCUAUAUAGUGCACUAGUUUUUACUAGGGUUCUGGUCAAAAGUAGUGCAGGAAUAGUGUGCCAUUUGGGACACAGACAGUGUUUCCAUGUGCUAUCUUCUGGGAUUUCAAAUGCGCAUCUUGUUGAUUUGUAUGUUUUGUUUAUUUGCAACCCCAAAUAAAAUCGAAUUCAAGGUCCAGGAGUUGCAGAUGCAGAAUGAGGGCCUGAAGCAGCGUCUGCUGGCCGCCAAACAGCAACUGCAGACGCAGAGCAAACGACCCACCCCCUACGGCCAUGUCCAGUCACGCGUCAACACGGGUCUGCGGAGGCUAAGGGAGGACACGGUCACACUAACUCAGCUAACCCCUACUGCCCCCAGAGGUGAAUAGAAACAGAAUAUAGAUACUUUAUUGUCCAUUUGGUUAGAACAGAAAUUCAUAUUCUGCCUUUUUCCCAACCCCCAGAAACACACACAUGUUGAGAGUCUGUCAUGUAUGAUGUAUAUAUGAUGUCUAUGCUUUAUACUCUGGCCCACAAAGCCUCAAACUCUGGGCAUGCCUGUGUUGCCAUGUGGUAAUUUUAGCAGUAUCCCCCCCCCCCCCCCCCCCAUCCGUUAAUGCACAUUUUUGUUCUUGCCCUGCACUAACACACCUGAUUAAACUGUAAGCCUUGAUGUGUCUGUGUGUCCCCCCCAGGACCCAUGAGUGUGGAGGUGGAGGUGAGUGGCAGGCCACCCCAGGGUCUACUGCCCAGAUACGGACACAGUCUGCUGGACGACGCCAGAGCUGAGAUCCGUAACCUGUAUGUACGGUUCUCAUCAGCUAAACUAUGAAGGAUUCAGUGCCUCUGUAGUGUUUUUGCUCCAUGUUAGCAACGUUCCAUCCAUUAUGGUAAUGCCUUUCUCUCUCUCUCUCUCUUUCUUCUCUCUUUCUUUCUCUCCUCUCUCUGCCACUCCCUCUCUCUCUGUGUCUGUUAGUGAGAAUGUGAUCGAGACUCAACGGUCUCACAUAGAGGAGAUGGACAGAGCAGCAGAGCUGCUGAGAGACCAGCUGAGGAGGAAGGAGAGGGAGUUUGAGGAAUCACUCCUCCACCUGAGAGAGCAGCAGACCACUGGACAGAGGUAACAUAUACAGUUGAAGUCUGAAGUUUACAUACACUUAGGUUGGAGUCAUUAAAACUUGUUUUUCAACCACUCCACAAAUGUCUUGUUAACAAACUAUAGUUUUGGCAAGUCGGUUAGGACAUCUACUUUGUGCAUGACACAAGUAAUUUUUCCAACAAUUGUUUACAGACAGAGUAUUUCACAUAUAAUUCACUGUAUCACAAUUCCAGUGGGUCAGAAGUUUACAUACACUAAGUUGACUGUGCCUUUAAACAGCUUGGAAAAUUCCAGAAAAUGAUGUAAUGGCUUUAGAAGCUUCUGAUAGGCUAAUUGACAUAAUUUGAGUCAAUUGGAGGUGUACCUGUGGAUGUAUUUCAAGGCCUACCUUCAACCUCAGUGCCUCUUUGCUUGACAUCAUGGGAAAAUCUAAAGAAAUCAGCCAAAACCUCAGAAAAAACAUUGUAGACCUCCACAAGUCUGGUUCAUCCUUGGGAGGAAUUUCCAAACGCCUGAAGGUACCACGUUCAUCUGUACAAACAAUAGUACGCAAGUAUAAACACCAUGGAACCACACAGCCGUCAUACCGCUCAGGAAGGAGACACGUUCUGUCUCCUAGAGAUGAACGUACUUUGGUGUGAAAAGUGCAAAUCAAUCCCAGAACAACAGCAAAGGACCUUGUGAAGAUGCUGGAUGUAACAGGUACAAAAGUAUCUAUAUCCACAGUAAAACGAGUCCUAUAUCGACAUAACCUGAAAGGCCGCUCAGCAAGGAAGAAGCCAUUGCUCCAAAACCGCCAUAAAAAAGCCAGACUACGGUUUGCAACUGCACAUGGGGACAAAGAUCGUACUUUUUGGAGAAAUGUCCUCUGGUCUGAUGAUACAAAAAUAGAACUGUUUGGCCAUAAUGACCAUCGUUAUGUUUGGAGGAAAAAGGGGAAGGCUUGCAAGCCGAAGAACAUCAUCCCAACCGUGAAGCACGGGGUGGCAGCAUCAUGCUGUGGGGGUGAUUUGCUGCAGGAGGGACUGGUGCACUUCACAAAGUAGAUGGCAUCAUGAGGAAGGAAAAGUAUGUGGAUAUAUUGAAGCAACAUCUCAAGACAUCAGUCAGGAAGUUAAAGCUUGGUGCAAAUGGGUCUUCCAAAUGGACAAUGACCCCAAGCAUACUUUCAAAGUUGUGGCAAAAUGGCUUAAGGACAACAAAGUCAAGGUAUUGGAGUGGCCAUCACAAAGCCCUGACCUCAUUCCUAUAGAAAAUGUGUGGGCAGAACUGAAAAAGCGUGUGUGAACAAGGAGGCGUACAAACCUGACUCAGUUACACCAGCUCUGUCAGGAGGAAUGGGCCAAAAGUCACCCAACUUAUUGUGAGAAGCUUGUGGAAGGCUACCCGAAACGUUUGACCCAAGUUAAACAAUUUAAAGGCAAUGCUACCAAAUACUAAUUGAGUGUAUGUAAACUUCUGACCCACUGGGAAUGUGAUGAAAGAAAUAAAAGCUGAAAUAAAUCAUUCUCUCUACUAUUAUUCUGACAUUUCACAUUCUUAAAAUAAAGUGGUGAUCCUAACUGACCUAAGACAGGGAAUUUAUACUAGGAUUAAAUGUCAGGAAUUGUGUAAAACUGAGUUUAAAUUUAUUUGGCUACGAUGUAAACUUCCGACUUCAACUGUAGCUACUCUGUAUCCUAACAAUAUACUCCAACAACUCCAUUGAGCAUGUUAUUUCAAACCUUUUGAAAAUGUUGUCACAAAAAUAUAUAUAUGGGGGAUUGGAAAUGAUGCAGACAAUUACAUUGAUGGAAGCUACAGUCUAUCUGCAAUAUUAAAGCUGAUCUACCCCCAAAGAUAAUUAAAAAAAGAAACGUAGAAAAUACACACACACUAUAUGGGGAAAAGUGAUCAAAAGCAUACCUAUGUAUUGUGUUGUGGUGUCUCCAGGUCUACUAUCAAGGACAACGUGGAGAUGAUCCGGCUGCAGAAGCAGCUGGUUGAGAAGGGCAACGCGUUCACUGUGCUCGAGGGCAGAUUCCUCCAACUCCAAGAGGUGAAACACAACAGCAUGUUCCAGGAGACACUAGUUGAUUAGCAAUGCUCUAGCACAGGGGUGGGCAAACUUUGGGAAAACAUUUUGGUCUCGCCAGCACAUUCUAUUCAAUAGUCGUCAUGGAAACUUCAAAUAACUUGUUAUUUCGAAAGAACACAUACUAUUUAAACCCAGUCACCAUGGUAAUGACCCCUAUGUUGUGAUUGCAGAGUCAGAGGACCAUGAAGGCCAGUCAUGAAGCUGUGAUGGCCAAGAUGGACGAGCUAACGGGCCAUCUGAAAGACGAGCGACUGAGGAGUCUGGACCUGGAGAGCCAUCUACAGGCCAACUCAUUCUCACAGAGAAGGACAGAGGAGGUAACCUUGCAAUACAUUUGGGGCUGGUUUCCCAGACACAGAUUAAGCCAAGUCCUCCACUAAAAAAGCCCUUUCAAUGGAGAUUCUCCAUUGAGCAUGCUUUAUAGUCCUGGACUCUGUUUAAUCUGUGUCUGGGAAAACAGCCAUUUGGUGUAGUCCUUUAGUAGGCUCUCUUAUCCAGAGCAAUUUGAUGAGGCUGAUACAAUCUCAUAACAUCGUAGUGAAACUCUUGGCUAACCUCUUGGCUAAUGAACUAUCCUCUUUUUAAUGAAACACAGUUGCAGGAGCGAAUCCAUGACCUGGAGAAGGAGAGAGAGCUGCUAAAGGAGAACUGUGAUAAACUAAUUAACAGGUGAGGGAUUUGACUCCACGUUUGUAUUUUUCUUUGCAUGUUGAAAUCCUAUAUUGAAAUGUUUUUCUGUAUGACCAUUUUGUGGAUUAUAUUUGGUUUUGUGUUCCCAGUGCUUUUGACGUAACCCAGGAACAGAAAUAUAGGACGCGAGAGCAGCAGCUGAAACUACAGAUAGCCCAGCUAGAGGUGGCACUGAAGUCUGACCUGACAGACAAAAACGAGAUUCUGGACAAGAUCAAGGUUGAAAGAGGUAUCUGUCGACCAGGACCUUUGUCUCUUUAAAAUAUUUUAGUGUGUAUUCACAUUUACAAACAUUUUUUAUUUUGAUUUCAUUUAUUAUUAUUUAUAGAUAUGAAUGAAAAAUGUAUUCAAGAAAAUAAAGAGAUUCAGCUUCGGUUCCUGGAGCAAAAGCAGCAGUUGGAUGAAAUAAAGGAUCGAAUGAAGUUCUACACCAAGGUACAGGAACCGGUUCUUACUCCAAAUAAGAAUGAAUUAGUUUUUUGUGUGCACAUACAGUGGGGAGAACAAGUAUUUCAUACACUGCCGAUUUUGCAGGUUUUCCUACUUACAAAGCAUGUAGAGGUCUGUCAUUUUUAUCAUAGGUACACUUCAACUGUGAGAGACGGAAUCUAAAACAAAAAUCCAGAAAAUCACAUUGUAUGAUUUUUAAGUAAUUCAUUUGCAUUUUAUUGCAUGACAUAAGUAUUUGAUACAUCAGAAAAGCAGAACUUAAUAUUUGGUACAGAAACCUUUGUUUGCAAUUACAGAGAUCAUAUGUUUCCUGUAGGUCUUGACCAGGUUUGCACACACGGCAGCAGGGAUUUUGGCCCACUCCUCCAUACAGACCUUCUCCAGAUCCUUCAGGUUUCGUGGCUGUCGCUGGGCAAUACAGACUUUCAGCUCCCUCCAAAGAUUUUCUAUUGGGUUCAGGUCUGGAGACUGGCUAGGCCACUCCAGGACCUUGAGAUGCUUCUUACUCCUUAGUUGCCCUGGCUGUGUGUUUCGGGUCGUUGUCAUGCUGGAAGACCCAGCCACGACCCAUCUUCAAUGCUCUUACUGAGGGAAGGAGGUUGUUGGCCAAGAUCUUGCGAUACAUGGCCCUAUCCAUCCUCCCCUCAAUACAGUGCAGUCGUCCUGUCCCCUUUGCAGAAAAGCAUCCCCAAAGAAUGAUGUUUCCACCUCCAUGCUUCACGGUUGGGAUGGUGUUCUUGGGGUUGUACUCAUCCUUCUUCUUCCUCCAAACACGGCGAGUGGAGUUUAGACCAAAAAGCUCUAUUUUUGUCUCACCAGACAACAUGACCUUCUCCCAUUCCUCCUCUGGAUCAUCCAGAUGGUCAUUGGCAAACUUCAGACGGGCCUGGACAUGCGCUGGCUUGAGCAGGGGGACCUUGCGUGCGCUGCAGGAUUUUAAUCCAUGACGGCGUAGUGUGUUACUAAUGGUUUUCUUUGAGACUGUGGUCCCAGCUCUCUUCAGGUCAUUGACCAGGUCCUGCCGUGUAGUUCUGGGCUGAUCCCUCACGUUCCUCAUGAUCAUUGAUGCCCCACGAGGUGAGAUCUUGCAUGGAGCCCCAGACCGAGGGUGAUUGACCGUCAUCUUGAACUUCUUCCAUUUUCUAAUAAUUGUGCCAACAGUUGUUGCCUUCCCACCAAGCUGCUUGCCUAUUGUCCUGUAGCCCAUCCCAGCCUUGUACAGGUCUACAAUUUUAUCCCUGAUGUCCUUACACAGCUCUCUGGUCUUGGCCAUUGUGUAGAGGUUGGAGUCUGUUUGAUUGAGUGUGUGGACAAGUGUCUUUUAUACAGGUAACGAGUUCAAACAGGUGCAGUUAAUACAGGUAAUGAGUGGAGAACAGGAGGGCUUCUUAAACAAAAACUAACAGGUCUGUGAGAGACGAAUUCUUACUGGUUGGUAGGUGAUCAAAUACUUAUGUCAUGCAAUAAAAUGCAAAUGAAUUACUUAAAAAUCAUACAAUGUGAUUUUCUGGAUUUUAGAUUGUUUGUUUUAGAUUCCGUCUCUCACAGUUGAAGUGUACCUAUGAUCAAAAUUACAGACCUCUACAUGCUUUGUAAGUAGGAAAACCUGCAAAAUCGGCAGUGUAUCAAAUACUUGUUCUCCCCACUGUAUCUGCACCACGUCAUUGCUCUCUCGCUCUGCUGUGGGUGCAUCUUGCUAGCUGUCACUCAUAUGGUGAGGGUCUGAAGCUCAUUGGUUGAACUGAAAUUGCUAGGGGGCUGGCCCACGUUGGGGAAAAUGUAGGGAAAAUGGCGCUGCACAGCUUCCAGAAAAACGGUUGCUUUCAAACUAGGGAUUUUGUGGCCAAUUUAGGUAAGACAGUAAUUCUGCUUAUAGAUUAUGCAUGUAUGAACUACACAUUGAUACAUCUAGCCCAAAGCGGGAGGUUUCAAAAAUACUUAGUAGUCGCAAAUGUUCCGGAGCAUGUCUUUAACCAACAUGUUUAUAGAUGUCUUUUAAGGUUUUUUUCUCUUCCAGGAGAGUGAGAUCGAUGUGGCUGAACUCAGUGAGGCAAUGAUGCUAGUCAAGGUAUUUGGUCAUUUAACCUGUCUCUCAUCUCUACCUCAAAUCAUACUAUGGGGUCCACUUUGACCAUAUGCUGCAUCACGUUAUGCUACCACUCCCAUCCACAAAGGGGCACUGUGCAUUACAGUUGGCACUGAAGUGAACCCCUUCUCCCCUCCGUCAGGUGCGUAAGUCCCAGAGGAGUGGUGAGCUGGGCUUCCUGGAGCAGGUGGAGGAGGAGGUGCGUGGUGCCACUGAGCGCUCCAUGAGGGAGCUACAGGCCACGCACACUGAGACCAUCCAGGAGCUGGAGAAGACCAGGAACAUGCUCAUCGUCCAGCACAAGAUCAACAAGGACUACCAGGUCCAUGGUUAUGCACAGCAUGAAUCACUUGGACUACACUUAGGGAAGUAGUUAGAUAUUCCAUAACAUUUGCAACAAGGAUAAUUUAAUGGUGUCAUACAUUACACAUACUUCAGAAAUAUAAUUUUUGUAGUUUUUUCACUUGAUCAGGUGACAUACUUUGUAGAAAAUGUCAAUGUUUUCUUGUGUCUCAGGCGGAAGUUGAAGCGGUGACACGUAAGAUGGAUGACUCCAAACUGGAGUACGAGCUGAAGUUGGAACGUCUUGCCCAGCUGCUGGACAUGAGGGCUGCCAAGAUCAAGAAACUAGAGGGUGUGGAUUUAUUCCUACAUGAUUGUUGUGUACUGUGUUGUGUUGAUUUUGUUGUUUUGUGUAGUUUGGUCGUGUCCGGUUUUGUCUUUCUCUCUGUAACUGAAACAGGUUUUCUUGUUUUACUGUACUCUCUCCAUUCACUCUGCAGCCAAACUGAAAGACAUUGCCUACGGCACCAAAGGCCACGUUUUCAAACCCAACAUCACCGACGACGACGUGGCCAACGAGUUUGACGAGACCAUUCACCUGGAGCGAGGAGAGAACCUCCUGGAAAUCCACAUCGGCACCGCGACCCUUUCCCCAGUAGCCCUGGAGAUGCUGAGCGACCGCGAGCCCUCCACCUUCUGCACCUAUGCCUUCUACGACUUUGAGCUGCAGGCCACGCCUGUGGUCAGGGGCGCCUGGCCGGCAUACGACUUCACGUCCCAGUAUGUGGUGAGGGUGGACGACCUCUUCCUGCAAUACCUCCACACGGGUUCGGUCACGCUGGAGCUGCAGCUGGCCCGGGGUAUGGACUUCACGACGGUGGCCGCAGGGCAGCUCAGGCUAACGCAACUACUGGAGAAUAACGGCAAAGCCCAUGGGACCGUACAGCUGGUUGGUGAGUGGAGAGGUUUUAUUAUGGACCAACUUGAUCUCAGGGGUGUCAUUUUGGGUUAUUUUGAGGAUUAACCGAGCAUCUCAGGUUUAUCAGCUAGGAGGUAGAGUUGCAUGUUUCCAGGUUUAUAGUCUCAUUCCUCUGGUUUAGCAGUUGCGGUAGAUGGACUUCAAAUAAAAUAAAAGAAUACAGUGAAAUGCUUACUUACAAGCCCUUAACCAACAAUGCAGUUCGAGAAAUAGAGUUAAGAAAAUAUUUACUAAAUAAAAUAAAAAGUAACACAAUAAAAUAACAAUAAAAAGGCUAUAUACAAGGGGUACCGGUACUGAGUCAAUGUGCGGGGGUACAGGUUAGUCGAGAUAAUUUGUACAUGUGGGUAGGGUAAAGUGACUAUGCAUUAAUAAUAAACAGCGAGUAGCAGCAGUGUAAAAACAAAGGGUGGGGGGGGGGGGGUCAAUGUAAUGUUUUUCUCAGUUACGUGUACCUCUAGUCAGAGCUACAGUACCAGUCAAAAGUUUGGACACACCUACUCAUUCCAGGGUUUUUCUUUAUUUUUACUAUUUUCUACAUUGUAGAAGAAUAGUGAAGACAUCAAAACUAUGAAAUAACACAUAUGGAAUCAUGUAGUAACCAAAAAAGUGUUAAACAAAUCAAAAUGUAUUUUAUAUUUGAGAUUCUUCAAAUAGCCACCCUUUGCCUUGAUGACAGCUUUGCACACUCUUGGCAUUAUCUCAACCAGCUUCAUGAGGUAGUCACCUGGAAUGCAUUUCAAUUAACAGGUGUGCCUUGUUAAUUUGUGGAAUUUCUUUCCUUCUUAAUGCGUUUGAGCCAAUCAGUUGUGUUGUGACAAGGUAUGGGGUGGUAUACAGAAGAUAGCCCUAUUUGGUAAAAGACCAAGUCCAUAUUACGGCAAGAACAGCUCAAAUAAGCAAAGAUUUACGACAGUCCAUCAUUACUUUAAGACAUGAAGGUCAGUCAAUCUGGAAAAUUUCAAUACAUUUUUGCAGUCGCAAAACCAUCACGCGCUAUGAUGAAACUAGCUCUCAUGAGGACUGCCACAGGAAAGGAAGACCCAGAGUUACAGUGGGGGAAAAAAGUAUUUAGUCAGCCACCAAUUGUGCAAGUUCUCCCACUUCAAAAGAUGAGAGAGGCCUGUAAUUUUCAUCAUAGGUACACGUCAACUAUGACAGACAAAUUGAGAAAAAAUAAUCCAGAAAAUCACAUUGUAGGAUUUUUAAUGAAUUUAUUUCCAAAUUAUGGUGGAAAAUAAGUAUUUGGUCACCUACAAACAAGCAAGAUUUCUGGCUCUCACAGACCUGUAACUUGUUCUUUAAGAGGCUCCUCUGUCCUCCACUCGUUACCUGUAUUAAUGGCACCUGUUUGAACUUGUUAUCAGUAUAAAAGACACCUGUCCACAACCUCAAACAGUCACACUCCAAACUCCACUAUGGCCAAGACCAAAGAGCUGUCAAAGGACACCAGAAACAAAAUUGUAGACCUGCACCAGGCUGGGAAGACUGAAUCUACAAUAGGUAAGCAGCUUGGUUUGAAGAAAUCAACUGUGGGAGCAAUUAUUAGGAAAUGGAAGACAUACAAGACCACUGAUAAUCUCCCUCGAUCUCGCAAGAUCUCACCCCGUGGGGUCAAAAUUAUCACAAGAACGGUGAGCAAAAAUCCCAGAACCACACGGGGGGACCUAGUGAAUGACCUGCAGAGAGCUGGGACCAAAGUAACAAAGCCUACCAUCAGUAACACACUACGCCGCCAGGGACUCAAAUCCUGCAGUGCAAGACGUGUUCCCCUGCUUAAGCCAGUACAUGUCCAGGCCCGUCUGAAGUUUGCUAGAGUGCAUUUGGAUGAUCCAGAAGAGGAUUGGGAGAAUGUCAUAUGGUCAGAUGAAACCAAAGUAGAACUUUUUGGUAAAAACUCAACUCGUCGUGUUUGGAGGACAAAGAAUGCUGAGUUGCAUCCAAAGAACACCAUACCUACUGUGAAGCAUGGGGGUGGAAACAUCAUGCUUUGGGGCUGUUUUUCUGCAAAGGGACCAGGACGACUGAUCCGUGUAAAGGAAAGAAUGAAUGGGGCCAUGUAUCGUGAGAUUUUGAGUGAAAACCUCCUUCCAUCAGCAAGGGCAUUGAAGAUGAAAUGUGGCUGGGUCUUUCAGCAUGACAAUGAUCCCAAACACACCGCCCGGGCAACGAAGGAGUGGCUUCGUAAGAAGCAUUUCAAGGUCCUGGAGUGGCCUAGCCAGUCUCCAGAUCUCAACCCCAUAGAAAAUCUUUGGAGGGAGUUGAAAGUCUGUGUUGCCCAGCGACAGCCCCAAAACAUCAUUGCUCUAGAGGAGAUCUGCAUGGAGGAAUGGGCCAAAAUACCAGCAACACCUUGUGAAGACUUACAGAAAACGUUUGACCUGUGUCAUUGCCAACAAAGGGUAUAUAACAAAGUAUUGAGAAACUUUUGUUAUUGACCAAAUACUUAUUUUCCACCAUAAUUUGCAAAUAAAUUCAUUAAAAAUCCUACAAUGUGAUUUUCUGGAAAAAAAUAUUCUCAUUUUGUCUGUCAUAGUUGACGUGUACCUAUGAUGAAAAUUACAGGCCUCUCUCAUCUUUUUAAGUGGGAGAACUUGCACAAUUGGUGGCUGACUAAAUACUUUUUUCCCCCACUGUACCUCUGCUGCAGAGGAUAAGUUCAUUAGAGUUAACUGCACCUCAGAUUGCAGCCCAAAUAAAUGCUUCACAGAGUUCAAGUCACAGACACAUCUCAACGUCAACUGUUCAGAGGAGCCUGCGUGAAUCAGGCCUUCAUGGUCGAAUUGCUGCAAAGAAACCACUACUAAAGGACACCAAUAAGAAGAAGAGACUUGCUUGGGCCAAGAAACACGAGCAAUGGACAUUAGACCGGUGGAAAUCUGUCCUUUGGUCUGAUGAGUCCAAAUUUGAGAUUUCUGGUUCCAACCGCCGUGUCUUUGUGAGACGCAGAGUAGGUGAACGGAUGAUCUCUGCAUGUGUGGUUCCCACCGUGAAGCAUGGAGGAGGAGGUGUGGGGGUGUUUUGCUUGUGACACUGUCGGUGAUUUAUUUAGAAUUCAAGGCUCACUUAACAAGCAUGGCUACCACAGCAUUCUGCAGCGAUACGCCAUCCCAUCUGGUUUGUGCUUAGCAGGACUAUCAUUUGUUUUUCAACAGGACAAUGACCCAAAACACACCUCCAGGCUGUGUAAGGGCUGUUUGACCAAGGAGAGUGAUUGAGUGCUGCAUCAGAUGACCUGGCAUCCACAAUCAUCCGACCUCAAUCCAAUUGAGAUGGUUUGGGAUGAGUUGGACCGCAGAGUGAAGGAAAAGCAGCCAACAAGUGCUCAGCAUAUGUGGGAACUCCUUCAAGACUGUUGGAAAAGCAUUCCUCAUGAAACUGGUUGAGAGAAUGACAAGUGUGCAAAGCUGUCAUCAAGGCAAAGGGUGGCUACUUUAAAGAAUCUAAAAUAUUAAAUAUAUUUUGAUUUGUUUAACACUUUUUUGUUUACUACAUGAUUCCAUAUGUUAUUUCAUAGUUUUCAUGUCUUCACUAUUAUUCUACAAUGUAGAAAAUAUAAAAAAUUAAGAAAAACCCUUGAAUGAGUAGGUGUGUCCAAACAUUUGACUGGUACUGUAUGUAAACUCAAGUUCUCAGGUAGUAAUCAAGUGACUACAGUAACUCUGCCCUGUAUUCAAGUUUCAAUGUUUAUUCGGCACGUGUACAGGAUACAACGGGUGUAAAACAGGACAGUGAAAUUCUCUGUGCUCCUCAGGUGUUGCUGGCGAGGUGCAGUCGUUUGGCUCUGUGGAGUACUGGGUGAGGCUGCGGGUGCCCAUGGAGCAGGCUAUCCGGCUGUACAAGGAGAGGGUGAAAGCCCUGGGCUACCUCAGAUCUGCUCUCAAUCAUGAACAGCAGGUAGCUUGUGGUCAUUAUAAACAGAACACAACACAGAACUAGACGAAUUGAAUAACCAGCCUAUUUUGGAGGUUCCGUGUUGGUGGUCCAUUUUCACAAAAGUUUAGUUAAAAUACUUAUUUCCUACUUGGCUCAUAAAUCCUUAUUAACCCCACUCUGUUUUCCCAUAAUCCCUCAGCCGUCCACCUCAACCCUAACCCCCCAGUCAGUAUCAGCCGACGGAGGCCUGAACCUGAACGAGCUCAACGUCACCAUCCGCUGCUGCAGCAACCUAACGUCCCACCACUGCCAGGGUCAGGGCAACCCACCCAACCCCUACGUGGUCUACCAGUUCUAUGACUUCCCAGACCACGACACCUGUAUCGUGGCCGACUGCAGCGAGCCCCAGUUUGAGGACCACAUGUCCUUCCCCGUGGCCAUGGAGGCAGAGCUGGACAGCUACCUGAAGGCGGGGGCUCUGCUGCUCUACGUGUUCGAUGACCAGGACACCCAGAGUGAGAUGUACCUGGGCAAGGCCAGGGUUCCCCUCCUGUCUCUGGCCCACGACAAGGCCAUCACUGGUUAGUUUGAGAGUUAGUUACGGUAGUUUGUUGGAGCAAUAGAGACAGUGAUCAUGAUUGGUUUGGUUUGGUUUGUUGUAUGAUGGUUUGGUCAGUACAUUUGUGUUUGGAUUUAUUUGUAUUUAUUAAGGAUCCCCAUUAGGCAGCAGCUACUCUAACUGGGGUCCAGCAACAUUAAGGCAGUUAUAUACAAUUAAAAAUAUUACAUUACAUUUCAUAACACUUUACCCAAUACAUUUACGGUGUUCCCUCAGGCCACUACUCCACUAUCACAUAUUUACAAUACAACAUCCAUGUGUGUGGAGAGUGCGUGUCUUAUCAUGUGUGUCUGUGCCUGUGUGUGUGUGUGUGUCUCUUCACAGUCCCCGCUGUUCCAUAAGGUGUAUUUCUAUCUGUUUUUAAAAAUCGGAUUUUACUGCUUGCAUCAGUUACCCGAUGUGGAACAGAGUUCCAUGUAGCCAUGGCUCUAUGUAGUACUGUGUGCCUCCCAUAGUCUGUUCUUGACUUGGGGAUUGUGAAGAGACCUUUGGUGGCAUGUCUUGUGGGGUAUGGAUGGGUGUCUGAGCUGUGUGCUAGUAGUUUAAACAGACACCUCUGUGCAUUCAGUAUGUCAACACUUCUUACAAAAACAAGUAGUGAUGAAGUCAAUCUCUCCUCCACUUUGAGCCAUGAGAGAUGUACAUGCAUAUUAUUAAUGUUAGCUCUCCGUGUACAUUUAAGGGCCAGCCGUGCUGCCCUGUUCUGAGCCAAUUGUAAUUUUCUUCAGUGUUUGUCUGGUUGCCUAUUUUAUUGAGGUCACACAAGUAACUAAUUGUUUUGUGAGAUCAGUUGGGCCACUCUGCCCACUGACAUCCCCUCUGUGUGUCCACACUUCAGGUACAUUUGAGCUGACUGACCCAUCCGGCCUCCCAAGUGGCCAUAUUGACGUGACGCUGAAGUGGAAGUUCACCUAUCUCCCUCCUCCCGGCUCCACCAUGACUGUAGAACAGGCCAAGUUUGUACCCAAAGAGAGAGCACUGAAUCUAACGACACAAAUGGAAGAGGAGAUGGAGGAAAAGGAGAAGAGGAUGGUGGUGAAAGAAGAGAAACGGGCCAAAGCUCUUCCUCCUCUUCCUGCUUGUUCCACUGCGUCAGAGGUAAGGACAGGUCCUAAGAUGGUCAUGUUAGCUUGGUCUGGAUAUUGUUUGAGAUGGCCCUAGUGACUGAUUCCAGUACAGAAGUAGUAUUUACUACAAAAUACAUUUUAUACCAUUUCAUUUUUCACCAUUCUUUUAUGCACCCUUUUGCACUAUGCACUCUUGUCAUCAUGAUGAUCAAAUAAAAUAUGUUUUAUAUUUUUGCAUUUAAGCCUCAGUUUUGGAUCUUUCCUAUUUUUCGCCAGUGUGCUGGUUUCCAUCUUUCUAAGUAUACCAUUUGAUGGGAAAGGAUUUCAGUAUCUUUGCAGGACGAUAGUCAGUUGCCUUUAGAUUUUUCAUGAAAUUGUAACAGAUUCUUGUCUCCCAAGGUACCUUUACCUACACCUAGACUACAGACCUUGGUGAAAGAGAAAACGGCAAGCAAAAAAGUCUCAUUCGUGGACGUCACAGCUCCUGAAAAUGUUUCACGUCCCUCCAAUGUGCCUGGAACAGAUAAAAGGGAAGGCUCAGAACUACCACCCCUAACAAAGGUACCUUAUGUUGUCUCUGAGUUAUAUUUGAUAUUAAACACAUAUCUUAGCUGUAGUAGGGUGAAGGGGGGAUUUAUUUGCUUCAUGUUAUAGUUGUGAUUUUAGCUUGAUUGUGUACAGUGGGGGAAAAAAGUAUUUAGUCAGCCACCAAUUGUGCAAGUACCCACUUAAAAAGAUGAGAGAGGCCUGUAAUUUUCAUCAUAGGUACACGUCAACUAUGACAGACAAAUUGAGAAUUUUUUUCCCAGAAAAUCACAUUGUAGGAUUUUUAAUGAAUUGAUUUGCAAAUUAUGGUGGAAAAUAAGUAUUUGGUCACCUGCAAACAAGCAAGAUUUCUGGCUCUCACAGACCUGUAACUUCUUCUUUAAGAGGCUCCUCUGUCCUCCACUCGUUACCUGUAUUAAUGGCACCUGUUUGAACUUGUUAUCAGUAUAAAAGACACCUGUCCACAACCUCAAACAGUCACACUCCAAACUCCACUAUGGCCAAGACCAAAGAGCUGUCAAAGGACACCAGAAACACAAUUGUAGACCUGCACCAGGCUCGGAAGACUGAAUCUGCAAUAGGUAAGCAGCUUGGUUUGAAGAAAUCAACUGUGGGAGCAAUUAUUAGGAAAUGGAAGACAUACAAGACCACUGAUAAUCUCCCUUGAUCUGGGGCUCCACGCAAGAUAUCACCCCGUGGGGUCAAAAAUGAUCAUAAGAACGGUGAGCAAAAAUCCCAGAACCACACGGGGGGACCUAGUGAAUGACCUGCAGAGAGCUGGGACCAAAGUAACAAAGCCUACCAUCAGUAACACACUACGCCGCCAGGGACUCAAAUCCUGCAGUGCCAGACGUGUCCCCCUGCUUAAGCCAGUACAUGUCCAGGCCCGUCUGAAGUUUGCUAGAGUGCAUUUGGAUGAUCCAGAAGAGGAUUGGGAGAAUGUCAUAUGGUCAGAUGAAACCAAAAUAGAACUUUUUGGUAAAAACUCAACUCGUCGUGUUUACUCGUCGUGUUUGGAGGACAAAGAAUGCUGAGUUGCAUCCAAAGAACACCAUACCUACUGUGAAGCAUGGGGGUGGAAACAUCAUGCUUUGGGGCUGUUUUUCUGCAAAGGGACCAGGAUGACUGAUCCGUGUAAAGGAAAGAAUGAAUGGGGCCAUGUAUCGUGAGAUUUUGAGUGAAAACCUCCUUCCAUCAGCAAGGGCAUUGAAGAUGAAACGUGGCUGGGUCUUUCAGCAUGACAAUGAUCCCAAACACACCGCCCGGGCAACGAAGGAGUGGCUUCGUAAGAAGCAUUUCAAGGUCCUGGAGUGGCCUAGCCAGUCUCCAGAUCUCAACCCCAUAGAAAAUCUUUGGAGGGAGUUGAAAGUCUGUGUUGCCCAGCGACAGCCCCAAAACAUCACUGCUCUAGAGGAGAUCUGCAUGGAGGAAUGGGCCAAAAUACCAGCAACAGUGUGUGAAAACCUUGUGAAGACUUACAGAAAACGUUUGACCUGUGUCAUUGCCAACAAAGGGUAUAUAACAAAUUAUUGAGAAACUUUUGUUAUUGACCAAAUACUUAUUUUCCACCAUAAUUUGCAAAUAAAUUCAUUAAAAAUCCUACAAUGUGAUUUUCUGGAGAGAAAAAAAUCUCAUUUUGUCUGUCAUAGUUGACGUGUACCUAUGAUGAAAAUUACAGGCCUCUCUCAUCUUUUUAAGUGGGAGAACUUGCACAAUUGGUGGCUGACUAAAUACUUUUUUUCCCCACUGUAUACACUGGAACUGUAAUGAGACAACCGGACGCCGCACUUGAAGCAUUUAUAAAAUUGCUUUAUCCGCUUACUGAUAGGCAUGCGCCCAUCAAGAAACUGACUUAUAAUUGCCAAAUCCACAUGGAUAAAUUAGGAAUAGCAAAUAAGUCUGACAACACAGCAGAUUGGCAAACAUACAGUAAAUUGAGAAAUCACGUAACUAAACAAAAAGAAGAAGAAACUAUACUAUGGAACAAAGAUAAAUUAUAUAAAGAAAGCUCUGGAAAUUCCAGGCAAAAAGGCUAACUCUGCUCCCUCCUUCUUUGAGGCAGAUGGCUUGUUCAUAACAAAACCUUUUGAUAUUGCCAACCACUUUAAGAACUUUUUUGUUGACAAGAUUAACAAACUUAGGCAUGACAUGCAAACAACAAGCGUUGUAGUUUUCAGUUCUGCAAAGUUGGUGUGGAAGAGGUGAAAAAAUUGUUGCUAUCUAUAAUUAAGGACAAGCCACCUGGUACCGACAACCUGGAUGGUAAAUUGCUGAAGUUGGUAGUGGAAUACAUUGCGACUCCAGUUUGUCUCAUCUUCAAUUUAAGCCUAAAAGACUGUGUGCCCUCAGGCCUGGAGGGCGGCAAAGGUCAUUCCGCUGCCCAAGAAUAGCCACUGACCUUGAAUAAAGCAUGUGCGUCUAUGUACGCUGAUGACUCAACCAUAUACACGUCAGCUACGACAGUAAAAAAAAAAAAGAGGACACCCUUAACAUAGCGCUCCAUUCAGUUUUAGAAUGGGUAACUAGCAAUAGGCUGGUGCUAAAUAUCAAAAAAACUAAAAGCAUUGUUUUUGUGACAAGUCACUCACUCAACCCUAAACCUCAUUUAGAUCUAUUACUGAAUAAUUGAGGAGACUAAACUUCUGGGUGUAACCCUAAAAAGCAAGCUGUCAUGGUCAAAACAUAUAGACUCAAUGGUUGCUAAAAUGGGAACAGGUCUGUCCAGGAUAAGGCGUUGCUCUGGUUUCUAAAUCAACCAGGCAGCUCCUACAGGCACUAGUUUUGUCGCACCUGGACUACUGCCCAGUUGUGUGGCCAUGUGCGGCAAAUAAGGACAGGAAAUGUGCAGUUGGUCCAGAAUAGAGCAGCACGUAUUGCACUUAGAUGUACACAAAGGGCGAAUGUCAGUGGUAUGCAUGUCAAUCUCUCCUGGCUCAAAGCUGAGGAGAGACUGACUGCAUCACUGUUGGUCUUUGUAUGAGGUGUUGAUGGGUUAAAGGUACCAAACUGUCUGUUCUAACAGUUGGCACACAGUUCGGACACUCAUCGGUACCACACAAGAUAUGCAGCCAGAGGUCUCUUCAAAGUCCCCAGGUCCAGAACAGAGGCUGGGAAACGCAGUAUUAAAUAGAGCCAUGACUACAUGGAACUCUCCCUGCCACCCCAGGUAACUCAAGCUAGCAAUAAAACAGGAUUUAAAUUUUUUGAAUAAUAAUAAUGAUAAAAGAACACCUUACGAUGGGGACUGUGAAGAGACACUUUUAUAUUUUUUAUAUAUAUUGUAUUUUGCAUUGUAUUAUGUAGAUUUUGUACGUUUGCCCACUGACAAAGAAAUGAUCAAUCUAUAAUUUUAAUGGUAGGUUUAUUUGAACAGUGAGAGACAGAAUAACAACAAAAAAAUCCAGAAAAAUGUUAUAAAUUGAUUUGCAUUUCAUUGAGGGAAAUAAGUAUUUGACCCCCUCUCAAUCAGAAAGAUUUCUGGCUCCCAGGUGUCUUUUAUACAGGUAAUGAGCUGAGAUUAGGAGCACACUCUUAAAGGGAGUGCUCCUAAUCUCAGCUUGUUACCUGUAUAAAAGACACCUGUCCACAGAAGCAAUCAAUCAAUCAGAUUCCAAACUCUCCACCAUGGCCAAGACCAAAGAGCUCUCCAAGGAUGUCAGGGACAAGAUUGUAGACCUACACAAGGCUGGAAUGGGCUACAAAACACAAAAUAACUGUCAAUCUCCCUCGGCCUGGGGCUCCAUGCAAGAUCUCACCUCGUGGAGUUGCAAUGAUCAUGAGAACGGUGAGGAAUCAUCCCAGAACUACACGUGAGGAUCUUGUCAAUGAUCUCAAGGCAGCUGGGACCAUAGUCACCAAGAAAACAAUUGGUAACACACUACGCCGUGAAGGACUGAAAUCCUGCAGCGCCUGCAAGGUCCCCCUGCUCAAGAAAGCACAUAUACGUGCCUGUCAGAAGUUUGCCAAUGAACAUCUGAAUGAUUCAGAGGAGGACUGGGUGAAAGUGUUGUGGUCAGAUGAGACCAAAAUCGAGCUCUUUGGCUUGGAGGAGGAGGAAUGCUGCCUAUGACCCCAAGAACACCAUCCCCACCGUCAAACAUGGAGGUGGAAACAUUAUGCUUUGGGGGUGUUUUUCUGCUAAGGGGACAGGACAACUUCACCGCAUCAAAGGGACGAUGGACGGGGCCAUGUACCGUCAAAUCUUGGGUGAGAACCUCCUUCCCUCAGCCAGGGCAUUGAAAAUGGGUCGUGGAUGGGUAUUCCAGCAUGACAAUGACCCAAAACACACGGCCAAGGCAACAAAGGAGUGGCUCAAGAAGAAGCACAUUAAGGUCCUGGAGUGGCCUAGCCAGUCUCCAGACCUUAAUCCCAUAGAAAAUCUGUGGAAGGAGCUGAAGGUUCGAGUUGCCAAACGUCAGCCUCAAAACCUUAAUGACUUGGAGAAGAUCUGCAAAGAGGAGUGGGACAAAAUCCCUCCUGAAAUGUCAAAUACUUAUUUCCCUCAUUAAAAUGCAAAUCAAUUUAUAACGUUUUUUACAUGCGUUUUUCUGGAUUUUGUUGUUGUUAUUCUGUCUCUCACUGUUCAAAAAAACCUACCAUUAAAAUUAUAGACUGAUCAUGUCUUUGUCAGUGGGCAAACGUACAAAAUCAGCAGGGGAUCAAAUACUUUUUUCCCUCACUGUAUGUAUUAUUUUUUUGUUUGUUUCCUGUUUGGAGCCCAGGAAGAGUAUUAGGGAUCCUAAUAAAAGACUAAAUUCAAUGUAAUGAUUAAGCUGCAUUUAGAGCUACUGUCUGUGAGAUUCUGUGAGGGUUACAUGCAUAAUACUGUCAUGUACUCCACAGGUUGUCUCAGUGUCACAGGUAGCACCAGUACCAGCUCUGCCUCAGAGCACCACAGAGGAAGAAGAUGAUGAGGAAGAGUCUCCCUUCUCUGAGGGUCAGGUCAUCGCAGCCAGAUCUCAGUCCACCUCGGACGAAUCAGAAAUGUCAGAAGAGAUUCUCGAACAGAUAGAAGGUAAGCUCACUAACAACCACAACGGAGAAACAAUAAUAACAACCAGUUUUCUAUUUUUCUUUGUCCACUGAUAAUUCAGCCAGGUACUAGCCAGGUACUAUGUAAGGAAUUUAGUUUUUCCCCCCUGCUAUCUAUGUUGUGUUUUGGAGUGCAGCUACCUAUUUUUCUGCUUCUUGCAUCAAUUUCUUAUUUAGAUUUCAGCAAGGCCUUUUCUACUACUUGUUUACAAAAGAAACCAAAACUAUAAUAAAACUCUUCAUAUCUGAUUUCAUUCUUACUGGCUCUUCAGCCCCAGCCCCAAAUCCCCCAUGGAUCCUCAGGAAACAAGUACUUACUGUUGUUGCCGUGUAUUAUCUUUCAAGUGCAAACAGCCCAUGUUGUUUGCUGGCAUGCUUCUUCACCAGAGAACCAUAAAUAUUCAAUGCUGUUGCCAAUAGUCUUCAGGCUGGGUAUGGCUGGCUGUCAAUGUUAAUUCUGACCUUGAGUAGUAUGAGAGAGACACCCCCCUUUAAAGUUCAGCAUUGCUACAUCUCACUCCGUCUGCAGGGAUGGGCAACUGGGCCGCCCUUUUGUAGGCCCGCAGAUACAUUUACACAAAAUAAAAAAUAUUUGUGGUGGGGGAGGACUCAGUCGGGGUCUCAACUUACUGUUGAGAGUUAAAAUAGUAGAAUCCACAAGGUGCAAUUUCUAAAUGUGGUUGUGCAUCAGCAGUUUUUCUCUUGUUAUGUCAGUCAAUGACAGUCAGUUAAUUAGCCCAUGUCAGCAUUUUUUUUUUAAUUGGUUAAUUAAUCUAGUGGCCAGCUAUCUAAACUUGUAGUAAUCCAGGGUUUUUUCUGAAUAUAAAAGUAUUGGGCGGGCCGCCUAAGUGUUUUUUCGGGCCACCUAUGUCCAAACAGUAAAAAAAAAUAUAUAUAUAUAUAUACAUUGCAUUCGGAAAGUAUUCAGACCCCUUGACUUUUUCCACAUUUUGUACGUUAUAGCCUUAUUCUAAAUUUGAUUAAAUAAUUUGUUUUCCUCAUCAAUCUACACACAAUACCCCAUAAUGACAAAGUGAAAACAGGUUUUUAGAAUUCUUUGCAAAUUUAUAAAAAAUAGAAAACAGAAAUACCUUAUUGACAUAAGUAUUCAGACCUUUUGCUAUGAGUCUCGAAAUGUAACUCAGGUGCAUCCUGUUUCCAUUGAUCAUCCUUGAAAUGUGAAAUGAGUACACCUGUGGUAAAUUCAAUUGAUUGAACAUGAUUUGGAAAGGCACACACAUGUGUAUAUAAGGUCCCACAGUUGACAGUGCAUGUCAGAGCAAAAACCAAGCCAUAAGGUCAAAGGAAUUGUCCGUAGAGCUCCGAGAUAGGAUUGUGUCGAGGCACAGAUCUGGGGAAGGGUACCAAAAAAUUCUGCAGCAUUGAAGGUCCACAAGAACACAGUGGCCUCCAUCAUUCUUAAAUGGAAGAAGUUUGGAACCACCAAGACUCUUCCUAGAGCUGGCCGCCCGGCCAAACUGAACAAUCGUGGGAGAAGGGCCUUGGUCAGGGAGGUGACCAAGAACCCGAUGGUCACUCUGACAGAGCUCCAGAGUUCCUCUGUGGAGAUGGGAGAACCUUCCAGAAGGACAACCAUCUCUGUAGCACUCCACCAAUGAGGCCUUUAUGGUAGAGUGGCCAGACGGAAGCCACUCCUCAGUAAAAGGCACAUGACAGCCAGCUUGGAGUUUGCCAAAAGGCACCUAAAGGACUCAGACCAUGAGAAACAAGAUUCUCUGGUCUGAUGAAACCAAGAUUGAACUCUUUGGCCUGAAUGCCAAGCGUCACGUCUGGAGGAAACCUGGCACCAUCCUUACGGUGAAGCAUGGUGGUGGCAGCAUCAUGCUGUGGGGAUGUUUUUCAGCGGCAGGGACUGGGAGACUAGUCAGGAUCGAGGGAAAGAUUAACGGAGCAAAGUACAGAGAGAUCCUUGAUGAAAACCUGCUCCAGAGUCCUCAGGACCUCAGACUGGGGCAAAGGAUAACCUUCCAACAGGACAAUGACCCUAAGCACACAGCCAAGACAACGGAGGAGUGGCUUCGGGACAAGUCUCUGAAUGUCCUUGAGUGGCACAGCCAGAGCCCCGACUUGAACAUGUCUUGAGACCUGAAAAUAGCUGUGCAGCAACGCUCCCCAUCCAACCUGACAGCGCUUGAGAGGAUCUGCAGAGAAGAAUGGGAGAAACUCCCCAAAUACAGGUGUGCCGAGCUUGUAGUGUCAACAAAGUACUGAGUAAAGGGUCUGAAUACUUAUGUGAAUGUGAUAUUUCUACAAACCUGUUUUUGCUUUGUCAUUAUGGGGUAAUGUGUGUAGAUUGAUGAGGGAAAAAAAACAAUUUAAUCAAUUUUGUAUGUGUGUAUAUGUGUGUGUGUGUAUAUAUAUAUAUAUAUAUAUAUAUAUAUAUAUAUAUAUAUAUAUAUAUAUAUAUAUAUAUAUAUAUAUAUAUAUAUAUACACACACACACAGUGUGGAGAACAAAUAUUUGAUACACUGCCAAUUUUGCAGGUUUCCCUACUUACAAAGCAUGUAGAGGUCUGUAAUUUUUAUCAUAGGUAUACUUCAACUGUGAGAGACGGAAUCUAAAACAAAAAUCCAGAAAAUCACAUUGUAUGAUUUUUAAGUAAUUAAUUUGCAUUUUAUUACAUGACAUAAGUAUUUGAUCACCUACCAACCAGUAAGAAUUUCGUCUCUCACAGACCUGUUAGUUUUUCUUUAAGAAGCCCUCCUGUUCUCCACUCAUUACCUGUAUUAACUGCACCUGUUUGAACUCGUUACCUGUAUAAAAGACACCUGUCCACACACUCAAUCAAACAGAUUCCAACCUCUCCACAAAAGCCAAGACCAGAGAGCUGUGUAAAAGACAUCAGGGAUAAAAUUGUAGACCUGCACAAGGCUGGGAUGGGCUACAGGACAAUCGGCAAGCAGCUUGGUGAGAAGGCAACAACUGUUGGCGCAAUUAUUAGAAAAUGGAAGAAGUUCAAGAUGACGGUCAAUCACCCUCGGUCUUGGGCUCCAUGCAAGAUCUCACCUCGUGGGGCAUCAAUGAUCAUGAGGAAGGUGAGGGAUCAGCCCAGAACUACACGGCAGGCCCUUCAGCCCAGAACUACACGGCAGGACCUGGUCAAUGACCUGAAGAGAGCUGGGACCACAGUCUCAAAGAAAACCAUUAGUAACACACUACGCCGUCAUGGAUUAAAAUCCUGCAGCGCAUGCAAGGUCCCCCUGCUCAAGCCAGCGCAUGUCCAGGCCCGUCUAAAGUUUGCCAAUGACCAUCUGGAUGAUCCAGAGGAGGAAUGGGAGAAGGUCAUGUGGUCUGAUGAGACAAAAAUAGAGCUUUUUGGUCUAAACUCCACUCGCCGUGUUUGGAGGAAGAAGAAGGAUGAGUACAACCCCAAGAACACCAUCCCAACCGUGAAGCAUGGAGGUGGAAACAUCAUUCUUAGGGGAUGCUUUUCUGCAAAGGGGACAGGACGACUGCACCGUAUUGAGGGGAGGAUGGAUGGGGCCAUGUAUCGCGAGAUCUUGGCCAACAACCUCCUUCCCUCAGUAAGAGCAUUGAAGAUGGGUUGUGGCUGGGUCUUCCAGCAUGACAACGACCCGAAACACACAACCAGGGCAACUAAGGAGUGGCUCCGUAAGAAGCAUCUCAAGGUCCUGGAGUGGCCUAACCAGUCUCCAGACCUGAACCCAAUAGAAAAUAUUUGGAGGGAGCUGAAAGUCCAUAUUGCCCAGCGACAGCCCCGAAACCUGAAGGAUCUGGAGAAGGUCUAUAUGGAGAAGUGGGCCAAAAUCCCUGCUGCAGUGUGUGCAAACCUGGUCAAGACCUACAGGAAACGUAUGAUCUCUGUAAUUGCAACCAAAGGUUUCUGUAUCAAAUAUUAAGUUCUGCUUUUCUGAUGUAUCAAAUACUUAUGUCAUGCAAUAAAAUGCAAAUGAAUUACUUAAAAAUCAUACAAUGUGAUUUUCUGGAUUUUUGUUUUAGAUUCCGUCUCUCACAGUUGAAGUGUACCUAUGAUAAAAAUUACAGACCUCAACAUGCUUUGUAAGUAGGAAAACCUGCAAAAUCGGCAGUGUAUCAAAUACUUGUUCUCCCCACUGUAUAUAUAUAUAUAUAUGAAAAACGUUAUCUCUGCCACAUGGCAAAAUGUGUAUAAUUGUAGAAAAUGUUCUUUAAAAUAGCUACAUUUUGUCACUGCGGCCAACAGGAGGCCCUCUAAAAUGUUAAAUCGGCCAGCGCAUCAUUGGCCACGCCCAUGGCCAGACUCAACCACGUCUACCACCUAAGUCCCAUUUAGAUCCAGAAAACCCCUGUAAUCAUGGUCGAUGUACCGACCGGGGGGCCCUCAUUUUAUUUGUAAGUCACUCUUACUCAAAAAUCAUAUUAAAAACUGCAAACAUUUAUCUCCAGCCUAUGGCAAAAUGUGUGGAAUUGCAGGAAAUUAACUCUAAAACUUCAAUUUUUUUCUCUCCACUGUCAAGAGGAGGCUAAAAUGUUUUGCUUGCAAGGUGGCGGGGCCUCCCAGCAAAAUGUAUUCUAGGGCCCCCAUGACUGCAUGUGUGGGUAUGGAUGUGGGUACACAGACCCAUGAGCCACUGCGAACCCUCAUAAUGAGUUCUGAUUUUGUGUGGCCCCCACCCCCAUCAAAGUUGCCCAUCCCUCCUCUACAGUGUACACACUCAAAGCAACACUUAUGAAUCCUGAGCAGUGGUAUAGUUAGUAUCAAGCCGCAAUGCUGUUGUUGGUUACGACUGAACCGUUUUAUCCUUGUCCCCCCCCCCCCCCCUUUCCAUCUCUCCCUCCCCCAAAUGCAGAGGAGGCCCCAGCGGCAGAGGAUGAGGAUCAGACUGAAUCGAUCCUCUCAGACAGUGAUGACUGCAUUGUUCCUGGCCAGUCCUCCAUGGGACGGAAGGUGGGUGAACCAGGGAUACAGGAUAGAACAUAGCCUGUUUACCUUGUACACUCCGAUGAACCUCAGUCCAUAGAGGAUAGGAGUACAGUACAAUUGGAUAGGAAGUACUGUAUCAAGGUUAUUGGGCUUGUUGUGUUUAUAUCAAGGCCGUUUGAUAUUGAGUGUAGGCUACACAGCAAGGAUCCAGUAUCACGGGAAUAGAAGAGCAGCAUCCAGGUGAAAGCUGUUCAUCAGCUUUGGAAAAACAAGUUUUACUCAACAAGUCUAGUUUGCUUUUUUGUUUUUAUUAGAUUUGUAAUUGUUUAUCUUGCCAACACCAUUGUUUGGUUGAACCUCUAGUGCUGUAGGUAUAUCUACUUCAUGCUGAGGUUUGGUACUGAUCACCUUUAACCAGUUUAUUGAAAGCACAAUACAAAAACACAGCUGUUCAUGAAUCAUUCAUGGUGUGGGUUUGCACUGUAGAGAUAUUAUAUCCAGUUUAAUAUUAGCAGCAUUAUUGUUGUUGAUGGAUAGAAAAGCUUAGAAAGAUAGCUAGAAAAAUAUUUCUCACUGAUCAUCUGGAAGGGGGCGGGAGCGAUUGUUCUGCAAGUGAGUUGCUUGUAUGUUCCUUUCACAUCUGCUUAGAAUGUUAUUUUACAGUGAAUUUACUAUUUCCUUUGAUAUUUUAGAUUACUCUCAUAUUGUAGUAGUUCAUAGUUUAUAUUUCAGUACAAUUAUUUCUGACCCUUCAAACAUAUUAGGAGGUAUAAGAAAUAUUUAUUUCUGUGCACUCCCUGCAACAGAUUGGACAGCAAGGACAGCAUUAAGCCAAUCAGAGCACAGGAGAGCGGAGCCUUCAGGCAAAUCCCAGGCUAGUUAGCCAAACAGACAGACCGACAUGGUCCCGGCCGUGCAUCACCUAAACACUAUCUGUUUCUAUCUGAGGUGGAGCUGUUGUCUGAAGAAAUGGAUAUCAUCAGAGAAUACCUAUAUUUAUUUAAGUCUUUCAAUGUUUUGACUAGAGCUUGUUGUUUUCUUUUAUGCAUUUUAUAAAAUAUUAAAUUACUUACUGACACCCCUCUUCACCAAAGAUUUUCAUGGGACAAUGACUAUGUGGAAUACUUCAGUCAUUACUACCCUGGCUGGCAGGUUAAGAUUCUACAGUGUGUUCGUAUAGACCCAUAUCAGCCUACUGAAUAGGGAUCCACAACAGCAAUAUUAACCACUAGACUUUCCAAAAUCCCACCACAGGUUAAAGCCUAAAUGAUGAUCAACCCUUGUUUAUUCCAGUGGAGCUAUAUUACCAAGUCUUAUUACAUUACAGCGUUCUGUUUGUCUCUGCAGCCUUCUGAACGUGUGCGUGUGGAGAUCGUGUCUCUGACACUGAGGCCUGAGUCUCAGGCGGCAGCAGACAGCAGCGUGGUCAGGCUGUUUGUAGAGUACUCCCUGUUGGACAUGCCCUCUGAGGAGACCCCUCUGUCCCUGCCCAAGCCCCCACCUGGCAAGACCAGCCACUACAACUACAGCAACGGUAAGGUAUAACGGAGAGCAUUCACAUACACAAAGUCACACACUCAUACACUGACUCGUGUACACUGACCUGCCCUUUUUGCCCUCAGAACAGCCUCCAUUCGUCUGAGCGUUCCACUGGGAUGCUGGCCCAAUUUGACUCCGAUAAUUCCCACAUUUGUGUUAAGUUGGCUGGAUAUCCUUUGGGUGUUGGACCAUUCUUGAUACACAUGGGAAAUUGUUGAGCAUGAAAAACCCAGCAGCGUUGCAGUUCUUGGCUCAAACCGGUGCGCCUGGCACCUACUACCAUACCCCGUUCAAAGGCACUUAAAUAUUUUGUCUUGCCCAUUCACCCUCUGAAUGGCACACAAUUGUCUCAAGGCUUGAAAAUCCUUCUUUAAGCUGUCUCCUCCCCUUCAUCUACACUGAUUUGAAGUGGAUUUAACAAGUGACAUCAAUAAGGGAUCAUAGCUUUCAUCUGAAUUCACCUGGUCAGUCAUGGCAUGGAAAGAGAAGGUGUUCAUAAUGUUUUGUACACUCAGUGUAUAUACUCUGUUAUUGUCCUUUGGUGGAUCCCAUGUCAGUGUAGAAUUUCAACUUCCGAUUAGGUAGCUAGAGAGAAACUGACAGGCUUGAUGGAGCAACUCUGAAAUGUCAGAUGUGAUUCAGUAAACCAUGCCUUGUUUCUCCUGACAGUGAUUAAUGUGGACAUAAAGAAUAACAAGACCAGACGGGAGAUUCUGAGGGGGGUACUAGAGGGACGCAACCCACAAAUGGAAAGGUAAGGGGAAAAAGUAUGUUAAGAGUGUUUUGUACAUUACGUUUGCGUGUGUGUAAAAAAUUAGACAAAGCUGAGAUUUCCCUGGCAAAACUGAAAGUAACAUUACACAACAUUACUGACAGGUAGAAAAUAGCCUAAAUGAAUAGACCAGAUAGUGAUGAGUUAUGUGUUUCUCUAUGGCGUUGCUCGUCAUGGAAGACUGUUGUAGACUGAAUUGUUCUAGAGAUGACAGACUGUAGAUUUAGAAAUGUGCAGACCGUUGCCUGAACACUGACCUGCUGUGAUCUCUGGUGCGUUGUGAUUGGACAGUAUCAGGUUCACAGUGGUGAGUGAGCCGCCAGAGGAGGAGGAGCAGGAGAAGGAGUGUGAGGAUGUGGGCGUGGCCUACUUCAGGAUCCCUCAUAUCCUGGAGCAACAGCAGGACUUGAUUGAGACCAGCCUGAACAGUAAGUAUUGUGUGUGAAUAGAGUGUAGAAAACUGGGUGUUUAUGUCAACUUGUGCAACAGGAAGUAAUCCCUCUCUUUUUCUGUGAGCGACUCUCUCUCUUUCGCUCCUUCUUCUUUUCUUUUACUUCUUCUCCCUUUCCGCUCCUUCUCCCCCUCUUUGUCUGUCUGGGUGUGUAGUUGUCGAUGUGCAGGACAGCAGUGUGGUGAUGGGUAGUCUGUGUGUGUCUAUAGAGGGAUUGGAGGCCCUACAGUCUAUCAUGGAGGACCCAGACCAUGACCACACUCCUCUAUCCUCACUGGAAUCAGAGGCAGAGGGUUAAAUCACACCACACAUUUCACUAGUGCGAAAGACUGCACAUCACUGUCUCCUGCACGCCACAAGACUGUGUUGGCUCACUGAGCUAAAGCCUAGGCAUUAGCUAGCACAAGUCUUCUGGUGUCAGGCAAGGU